AGGCGCAUGCGCAGAGUACUGCUUCCGGUCGGUGGGCGGACCCGGCCUGAGUUCUCCGGGGGCGGGGCCGGCCGAGAGCUGAACCUUGAUCUGCGGGCGGCGGGGACCACGACCAUCCUGCACAUGGCGCGGCACGUGUUCCUCACCGGGCCGCCAGGGGUUGGAAAAACCACCUUGAUUCAGAAAGCCAGUGAGCGUCUCCAGUCCUUUGGGGUGGCUGUGGAUGGAUUUUACACAGAAGAAGUCAGGCAGGGAGGGAGGAGGACAGGAUUUGAUGUGGUCACCUUGUCUGGUGCUCGGGGGCCACUUUCCAGGGUCAGGUCAGAGCCACAGCCCGGGAGGUGUGACUGCCGAGUUGGGCAGUAUGUGGUUGAUGUGGCUUCUUUCGAGCAGUUGGCACUUCCUGUCCUGAAGAAUGCGAUUUCCAGUGGUGGCUCAAGGCAGGGAGUGUGUGUCAUCGAUGAGAUCGGGAAGAUGGAGCUCUUCAGCCAGCCCUUCAUCCAAGCUGUGCGCCAGACACUGUCCUCACCAGGGACUGUGGUCCUCGGAACCAUCCCAGUUCCCAAAGGGAAACCACUGGCCCUCGUGGAGGAAAUCAGGAAGAGGCCCGACGUGAAGGUGUUCAGCGUGAGUCACCAAGGAAAACAGAAACCACCUUCUACCAGAUAUUGUGAACUGUGUGCAAAGUAGCAGGAUGUGAGCUGGACCGAGUCCUUACGUUGCUGCCCCCAGGAUGCCUGGGUCAAGCACAGCUUCUGAUGCCUCCCUCCCUUCCUGUCUGCAGAGUGAGGUCUGGCGCCUUCAGGUUUAUGGACAUUGUGGGCUUUGCCCAAGAAAGCUUGGCAGCUGCUAUCCAUAAAACAUUUGAAAGGUCAAGUUAGCCUUGAUGCCAGUUGGCUGUCCAUGAUUAACAACCCACCAUGGCUAACUUGUGCCUUAGGCUUUGUGUUUAUUUACUCUUCCAGCCGGGCACAUGAUUUGGUUACAAGGUAGGCAAUGGGUUUAGAGUGUCAGAUGGAGUGGGUUCAACUGAUGUGUGUAAAUGUGUCUGAGAGAGGAGAGAAAAGUUUAUUCUAAUCAGCUUUGUGUGUCAUGAAGACUAAAUGCUCUCCAGGUGCAGCUUUGGUCUCGUGCUGCUCAGGGUCAUUAACUGUUACUUGAACUUUUAAAAAAUUAUUAUUUCUAAAGGGAAUCACUAUAGUUUCUCUCCUCUAUUUCUUGUUUAUUUCUUUUCAUAUUGUUUAAUAAAUAUGAUAGUACAGACA